AUGGUAUCUUUGGGACGUAUUGCUGUGCUAAUUGACUUAUCGGGAACGUUGCACAUUGAAGAUACUUGUAUUGCCGGAGUUCCGGCAGCCUUACAACGAUUGAGGCGCAAUCCUCGUUAUGCUGUCAAAUUUGUUACCAACACAACGAAGGAAUCAACCAACCGACUUCAUGAACGCCUUACAAAGCUUGGAUUGGAAAUUACACGAUCGGAAAUAUUUACUUCACUCACCGCCGCUAAACAUCUCAUCAAAAAGGACAAUUUACGACCAAUAUUAUUUCUUGAAAAUGCUGCACUCGAAGAAUUCGCAGAUGUGAAUGUGGACAUUAAGAAACCGAAUGCAGUAGUUGUUGGACUUGCUCCCUCAAAAUUCACUUUUACGUCUUUGAAUGAAGCAUUUCGGUUACUGCUGGACGGUGCGAAACUGAUUGCCAUUCAUAAAGGGCGAUAUUUUAAACAAAAAGAUGGUUUGUCAUUGGGACCAGGUCCUUUCGUAGAAGCGCUUGAAUAUGCCGCCGAUGUUGAAUCUCAGGUGGUCGGUAAACCGGAACGUGCGUUCUUUUUAACGGCCUUAGCUAAUACCGAUAAAUCUUUGAUACCACAACAAGCUGUAAUGAUUGGUGACGAUGUUCGAGAUGAUGUUCUUGGAGCUAUUAAUGUUGGAAUGCGUGCGAUCCUUGUGAAAACUGGCAAAUAUUCCGAAGGCGAUGAGUUGAAAAUACCUGAGGCUUCAAGAAAUUGUGUGGAAAGUUUUGUAGAAGCAGUUGAUUUGAUCGAGAAAAAUCUUGUGAAAUAA